AUGCCGUUACUCCUCGAUCUGGCCUCGUUAACUUUUACCGCGGUUUCGCGGCGACGGUGGUCGGCUAUGAUUCCAUAUGCGGGAAUGUCAUUCUUGACCCAUGACACCAUUGGGGACCUGCUUCGUCUACCGAGUCUCGCUCCUUACACGACUAUUCCCAAUUCCGAGAGCCCCAGACAGAAGCGGGGCGGCAAAGCUCGUGCUCAACUGACGGCGUCCGCCGAACUGUUCUCCGGCGCUCUGGCCGGUCUGAUCUCCCAGACAUCGGCAUACCCACUGGAGGUGAUCCGGCGUCGCAUGCAGGUCGGUGGCGCAGUGGGCGACGGCCAUCGACUCAACAUGGCCGAAACGGCGCGCAAGAUCUGGCUAGAGAAAGGCUUCCGUGGGUUCUGGGUCGGGUUGACUAUCGGGUACAUGAAGGUCGUACCGAUGGCUGCGACCAGCUUUUAUGUCCGAUCGGUCGGUCGGUCGGUCGGUUGGUCAGAUUCUUCUAUUCCAGAGAUACAUGCAUGGGUGUUGUCGUGUCGUGUCGUGUCGUGUCAUCAUUCCAUCUUCCUCCGCGUUGCGUUGCAUUGGGAGGAUUCUUGGUCCUUGGACUAUCCAUUUUUCCCUCUUCAUGUUUUCACUUUCUACCUGCAUCCUCCUCCUCCUCAUUAUUAUCCUCAUCCUGCAUUAGAAAAGAAGACAGAUCAGGUCAGAUCAGUGAUACCCCCAUGGAUUGAUUGGAUGGAUGCGAGUUUGAUGGAUGGAUGGAUGGAUAUCCCGUUUGGACUCACUCGUUUGUUUACUCGCUCGUUUGCUCGCUCGCCCGCUCAAUCAAUCGUUCAAUCGAUCGAUCGUUCGUUCGUUCGUUCGAGAGAGAGAGAACAUACCAUACGCAGUACAGUCUUAGAAGAGAAGAGAAGAGAAGAAAAGAAAAGGGGCAUGUCUAGGGAGUGUAUUGGAUGUGUGAACAUUAUUGUCAUUAUUAUUUUAUUAUUAUCAUUAUUAUUAUUAGCUCGUUAUAUCGUUUCCUCCAUCGUCUUCGCGCUGCUUCAGAUCCAUAACCAAAGCCAUGACCCUUUUAAAACUCCCCCGGAGGACGUCCCCGUCAUCGUCGACGUAGAAAUCGAACCGCAAGGGAUCAAAGUCGAUAGGUCCGUACCGGAGGUCCUCGUCGUCUCCCGUGCGGACCAGCUGCACGUCGUGCUCCUGCCAAUCGGGUCGGUCCAUGACGACGAGCAGGGCUCGAAACAGCGGAUGCAGUCGAUAGCGCGCGUGUCGGGCUGGAUCGGCCUCUGGGGCUGCGACGUCCUGCGCAUCCAGCACCGUCUGCCGGGCCCGGAUCUGGGCGCAGAUGCGGCGAUGUGUCUCCAGGAUCUCGGCGAUGCCUCGCGGGCUGUCGGGCGCCUGGCAGGCCAGGAACUUGCAGGGAAACUCGCCCAGGGCGGCGGCGUCCGGGCGCGCAUCCCAGUCGAUCCUCUCGCAGAGAUGCUCAAACAUAGCGAGCAGGUCCCGCUGCGUGAGCGGCGAGCCUGGUCCCAGCGGUGCCGUGAUGUACGUGGCGCAUCCUUUCCAGCAGAAGUCGUACAUGGUAUCGAGCGGCAGUCUCGUGUGCCCGGUGGUCGCGGUGACCACGUAGGGCGACACAUGCAAGGUGCGCUGAUAGUCCAGCUGGCGCAUCAGGAGCAGGCGCCUUUCAGAUGUUGGAAGCAUGUGCAAAGCAACUAG